AUGUGCUUACGCCGAUGCAAACUGAACAGCGAUUGUCAAUCAGUGAGAUUUAAUAGAGAAAACCUACAGUGUGAACUGCUGAAGAUACGUUAUGAUAACGAAGAGAAAACGCCGGAGGAACUGAAAAAUAUGUCUAAAGUCUGCAACACUGACAAGUUGACUCCAUGCAACAUGCAGAGUGUGGAACUGUCAUCUGGAAAAUCCGUCUGUAUCCGGAAACAUCAAGGAUACAGCAAUGUCGCACUGAAUAAAGUUACCCAGCAGUCGUCAAACCAUUACCGUUAUACCACAGGGCACUAUGCUGUUGAUGGAUAUCAGCCAACUACAGGAUCUGGGGAAUGCAGUCAUUCUGCUUAUGAAUUAAGUCCAUCUCUAACUAUUGAUCUUGGACACUCUUACAUCAUUGACUGGGUGUCGUUUUACACGCGUCCAGAUUGUUGUGAAUAUCUUUACCACGAUCUGCAGAUACGAAUAGGGGAAACCACCAAUUGGGAAGACAUGACAAUUUGUGGUAUUUUUGACAAAGCGGCAGAAUUGGGAAAGACGUACGGAAUCCAAUGUCCCACGUGUCUCGUCGGACAAUACGUCACCUUUAAAAUCGUUGAAGGUGGCACAGCGACAAGUAAUCAACUCAGUCUUUGUGAAGUAUCUGUAUUUGGAAUGUAACUUAUUGUAACAUAUUCUUGACAAUAGAGAGAACUGAAAACUGUUGGAAAGUAACGUCCAGCAGACGCUUCAGAGGCAUCUCUCAUAAGCUACUAACCUAUAUGACACACCAUUUAUCCAUGUUAGAAUAUUAUAUUUUGCAACGUCAUCAUCAAUCAAUGAACUUGUUCUAAGUUAUCAUUCGUAGUCAUUCAUAUGUACCAUGAAAACCGUCAAACAGCCUCCCCACUGUAGCUGUAGCAUGUGUCCCUUUUCUUCAAAGAAAAAUUGAUUUUAUCUAUUAUACUCUUCAAACACUGAUGUGUAUCUAGUAAGUGUACAGUCUUUUUCCCCUGGGAUAUUGGAAAGUAAGGGUAGAAAACCCAGUUUUAAACGGUUAAACUUGGCCUGAAAACUAAAGGAUUACUAUCUGGGGUCAAUGCGAAUAAAUAGGGUAGAUGGAAAACGUAGUUUUUACAUAUUAUAAUUGUAUUUAUUUUUAAGAAUUUCAUCACCAGCACAAAUAUUGGAUAUAAUAUUCCUUAUAACUAAAACCGACUUAUAAUAGACAACACAAAUAUAUAUAUAUAACCUUGUGCUCGAUAUAAACAAAGGUUUCUAAAAACCGGUUAUUCGAUGAAUAUCAAUAGAGAUUUAACAAAAACAAAAACAGACAAACCCGACUUCAAAAGACAGCAGAGCUCUUAAUGUUAAUGAACUUUUCAGUAAAUUAAAAUGCCAAACGUCUAAGUUAAGGUAUUAAUGAACAUCUUGGGGCAUUGUAAAUAUUUGCAUAAUUCAAACUUUGAUGUUUUA